AUGAAAGCAGCACAAGAUCGUCAAAAAUCCUACGCCGACCUAGCAAGAAGGCAAGUAGAGUUCGCGGUUGGGGAUAAAGUUUGGCUGAGAGUAUCUCCCACUCGGGGAGUGAUGAGGUUUGGAAGGAAGGACAAGCUAAGCCCCCGUUUCAUAGGACCUUAUGAGAGGGUUGGGAACCUAGCUUAUCGGUUGGCUCUACCUUUGGAGUUGGAGCGAGUCCAUAGUGUCUUCCAUGUAUCUCAGCUUAAGAAAUAUGUUCACGACCCGACACAUGUUCUACCACCGGAAGUGAUUCCUUUGGACGAUGAUAUGUCUUAUGAAGAAAGACCGCUCAAGAUCCUGGAUUUUAAAACCCGGGAUACGCGUAGGAAGUCGGUGAAAAUGGUGAAGGUUUGGUGGUCGCAUCAUGGUGUAGAAGAAGCUACUUGGGAGCUGGAAUCAACCAUGAGGGAGCGUUACCCAGAGUUGUUCUCGGCAGGUGGAAUCUUUAGAUGA